AUGGCUUUGGGAAAUUUGUUCUUUCUACUUCAGGUUGUUCGCUACUCAAGGUUGAUGAAGGAUUCGUAUAUCUGCAUAGAAAAAGCAAUGCACCAUAAUUGCCCUGUUUGUUUUGAGUAUCUUUUUGAGACAACAAAAGACAUCACAGUCUUGCCUUGUGGGCACACUAUACACUUGCAAUGCGUGAAGGAGAUGGAACAGCAUUUACAGUAUUCAUGCCCCAUUUGUUCAAAAUCAUAUUGCGACAUGUCUCAAGUGUGGCAAAGGCUUGAUCACGAGGCAUACCAAUGAUAUCAUGCUAUACUUACCUUAAUUGUAUUUAUUUGCAAUAUGGGUUUGUAUCCCGGCUG